ACUUAAGCUUCUGUGUGUAGUCUGCAGACCGAAGAAUGAGAUUAUUAGCUAUAUUGACCGUCGGAGAAGAGCCGAAAUCAAUCGUCACCCCAGUUCAAAGACUUGGCAGAUCUUUAUGGAGGGCUUGAACCGAGAGGUGUUGGAAGUAUCCGUUAACCUCCCUUAUCAGCCCUGUCCAGUACUAUGCUAUUUAGAAAUCAAACAGGUUUCUCGAAUGCCAACACUUACGACACUGUGCAAACGGGCUUGUGGGAAACUCUUUAUUUGAAUCCGAAUGAGGGAAAAUAACACUGAUCAAUGCGGUCGACCUCGUCUGCCGGCAAUUGCGUACACAGAGUGAUUAUCGCCGAGUGACACUUAAGUGUAUCAGAAAAGGCGGGAAAUGACUUUGUGCCAACGAUUGACUCGAAUAUUGUGAGAAAAGGGAUGGACUGACCUUGCAGUGAUUUCUUUGCACAGUUUAAAAGGAGCAACACGUCACAGAUCACGUGUGAACGAUGAACAAAUCCGCAAUGUUUAAUUGGAGUGAUAACAGGUCUCUGAGAACUUACUUAUUCAAGGACACGAGCUGUUACAAAUUAUACAAUGUGCAAAACUUCAGAUAACCCGAUUCGCACGGAUCUAGGGAGUAACUAGUGAACCAAACUCAGAGUAUGUAGAUUGUCAUCAAUUCCAGUAGACAGUGGUCGCAGAGUCAACUACAAUGGAAGGUGUAAAGGCAGCAAUCGAAGCGAAGAAAGCCGAAUGGCAGAAACAUUUUGAACAGAGCGACUUCAAAUCAGUCAGCGAAAUUUAUUCGGUCGACUGCAAGCUAUUGCCGCACGGGAAACCAACAGUCCACGGCCGGGAAGAUAUCCCCGAAGGACUGAGUGAACUUCGACAGAAAGGCAGUACGUCACUCAGUUGGGUAACCAAUGAGAUUGGGCCUAUGACCGGAAAUGCUGACGUCGUUUUUGAACUGGCCGACUACAAGUUUCUGAAGUCGGACGGGAGCUCUGUGACCGAAGGAAAACAUGUCGCGAUCUGGAAAAAGACAUCCGACGGCUACAAGAUGUACAUCGAUAUCUUCAACGAAAAUAACUAAGUCACAUGAAACAC